AAGUCACUGUGAAAAUACUGUUCCCGUAAUGCACAGAGUAUGCACGCACCAUAGAAUCAAUUGAGUGCUAGCUUGACCGUGCUUUCUGAAAUGAGGACGGGCUUGACCGCAGUGGUAGGUUUGUAUUCAGUGGAGUGAGAAUCUAUUCAGAAGAAAUGCUGGCAUUUGCCUGAACGCAUCACUGGAGAACCGAAAGAGAAACUACACAAAGGCUGGUGUGUGUGUGUGCGUGUGUGUGUCAUCAGACUAAAGCAAGUUCAUGAUACGAUUGCAGCAUUUGCUUUGACAGAGUCUCAGAAAGAAAAACCCUGCUGGAGAAACAAGUGUGAAGUUGAGUCUGUUCAGUGAAGGAUAAUGUCUAAAGGGAAGAGCAAGGGACGGGGACGUGACUCAAGCUUCACCAAAGAUAAUCAGUUCUAUGGCCUCAGAAACCAAGGAUCAACAUCUUACUUGAACAGCGUGCUGCAGGUGCUGUUCAUGACUGAAGAGUUCAGAGAAGCUGUGAAAAGGCACACUGAGGACAACAGUAACACAACACACAUUGACAGACAGCUGUCAGAGCUGUUUGAUGAGUUAAAGAAAGGCCCAGCAGAGACCAUCGGAAUCACAGACAAGCUGGGAAUUCGCUCAGUGUAUAAACAAAGUGAUGCAGCAGAACACUUUGAGAAGAUUUUGGCGCUCACCAGUCCCGAGGCGUCAAAGAUAUUUCAAGGAAAUCUGGUCCACACAACAGAGUGUCUUAAAUGUCACAACAAAACUUGUGAAGAGGGGAGAUUUUGGCAUUUUCCUCUUCCACUGGAGGAUUACUGCGGUCAAAGCUACAGCGUGGAGAAAGGUGUUGCAGAGUUUUUCCAGACUUGUAAGUUAAAAGGAGAAUACCAGCUGUACUGUGACGGCUGUGGUGAGAAAUGGGACGCUACUAUUAAAGAAAAAAGUAAAGAAAAAAAAUGUGAAAUGAAGCAUCAUCCAGACAUUUUGACGCUGCUGCUGAAGAGGUUUGAGUUCGACUAUCGCUACAUGUCAUACACCAAAAACAGCUGUGCUGUGGAUGUCCCAUACACCCUGGAAGUUCCACAGGGUCAGAUCUAUGAUCUGUAUGCGUUUGUAGAACAUGUUGGCAGUUUGAAAAGUGGACACUACACAGCCACAGUCAAGUCUCAGGACGGCAGAGGAGCCAGAUGGUACAACUUCCAUGAUUCGAGCGUUACGCAGCUUAAUGACAAACUUUUCAAUGAGGACAACAAGAAAGAUCCUUACCUUCUGUUUUACAGGAAGAGAAAAGAGAUCGAUCCAGACAUCAGGGAACGGUCGACCAGCAGCUCUGCUCGUGAGAGAGACGACCAGAGUGGAGAUGCUGUGAGGAGAGGUGGAGGUGGAAGUGCUGUGGGAGCAGACGACGCUGCAGCGGCUGAUUCCACCAGCAGAGAGGAAGAACCGCCAGUCAAACGAAGAGUCAGUGACACGUCCUGUUCAGCAGGGGGGUUAAGAGAUCCCUGCAGUACCGAGGUCCAGGAUGACAGAGGUUCUGUCCAGCAGAGCAGGCAGAGUCAUCAGACUACUGAGAGUAGAGAUGACAAGAGAUGUGAAAACGUCCGUCUGGCUCAAAAUGCACAGCAAGAACCAGCGAGGAAGGAGAAGAUGAGAGAAAAAGAGGAAGAAAAGAAAGCAGCAACAAAUGUAGAAAAGCAGGGAAGAGAGAAAAAAACAGCUCAGUGCAGAGAAUUAUUUUCAAAACAGUGUCAAAGAUCACAAAACAUAGAAGUAGAUGUGAUUAUAAAGAGCAAAUCAGAUCAUGUUAUUGAACAGCAAGAAAGGGAAGAAAGGAUUGCAACGCCAAACCAGAAAAGAGAGACGUCAAGUGGUGGCGGUGAAGAGAAAGAGCACAGAACAAAAGGAAAAGGCAACACGGGUAAAGUGGCAGCAGGAAGUGAUAAGCUGAACCAUAGGCAUGAUGGCCGCCAAGUUUAUUCUCAGCCAAAAGCAAACAGAGAGGUUAAGACCAGUCAACAUGUCGCUGUGUCAGAGGAAGGUUUCACUGCGAUCCCAAGCAGCUCUUCUUCCACAAGGAAAGAAAGUCAGAAGCAGAACGAUCACACAGACUCUGCAUCUGUGUCGAAGAAUGAGGAAGAGGAAAGUUUGUGGAAAAAGAUUAAACAGAGUUUGAAUGUGAAAGAUAGAAAAAAAUAGAGAGAAAAAGAAAGAAAAACAGAUGAAGAUGGAAAAAACACCAGACAAACCCAAAAAGAAGAAAAAGACUGGAGACAAGUUGUCUUGUUCUUUCAGUGAGGCCAAGGACUGACCAGGAUGUCAACAUAUCUUAUCCAGGAGAAAAAACAAAUACUUACAAUAGUCCUUUUUUUUUCUUUUUUUUCUUUGAUGAGGGAAGUUUGUUGAAUGAUCAAGUGACAACAUUUUCACGUUAUCUGAGGAUAUGAAGGAAAGAAAAACAAUAUGUAGCAUCAAACGUGUGUAUUUGAAUAAUAUUGUCAUUUCAUGUUUUAGUGGUGGUGAUGUAACAUUGUAAAAGUGAAACUGUUUAAAUAAACAAAACUAAUUAAAACACAGAAUGUAAAAGUU